GAUAGAGACAGGGUGGUCAGAGAGAAAGGGAGAGGAGCAAGUCAGGACGCCGGGUUACAAGAGCAUCAAGACCAGGCGUUUCUGUGCGUGAGGAACUCUGCCUGGCAGAUAAAAUUAGACCUAGAGCUUGCUGACAGGGAGUCUGAAGCGUGGGACAUGGACCGUUCCCUGGGACGGCAAGGCGGUUCUGUCCCCGAGGAGAGGGCUGAAGCUGGGAUCAAGCGCUUUCUGGAGGACGCGGAUGACGCAGAACUGAACAAGUUCGUGACGGAUUUCCCAGGAAGCGAGACCUACCACCCACCAGAGGCCAAGACCUUGGUGCCCAGGCCCCAAAUCCAGGAGCCGAGGCCCCAGGCUUCAGACCUCUGCCAGGAUGACCUGGAGUUCAAACCCCCCUCGUGGCCCCAGCCCUCUGACAGCCAGCAGUACUUCUCUGCCUCAGCCCCCCUCAGCCCCUCAGCCCGGCCCCGCAGCCCGUGGGGCAAGCUCGAUCCCUAUGACUCCUCCGAGGAUGACAAGGAGUACGUGGGCUUUGCGACCCUCCCCAAUCAGGUCCACCGGAAGUCUGUGAAGAAAGGCUUUGACUUUACGCUCAUGGUGGCAGGAGAGUCGGGCCUGGGGAAGUCCACGCUGGUCAACAGCCUCUUCCUCACGGAUCUGUACCGGGACCGGAAGCUCCUCAGUGCAGAAGAGCGUAUCAUGCAGACGGUGGAGAUCACUAAGCACGCUGUGGACAUAGAAGAGAAGGGCGUGAAGCUGCGGCUCACCAUUGUGGACACACCAGGUUUUGGGGAUGCCGUCAACAACACAGAGUGUUUCUCUGCUUGUGUUCCCUGCCCCAGCUGGAAGCCUGUGGCCGAAUACAUCGACCAGCAGUUUGAGCAGUAUUUCCGAGAUGAGAGUGGCCUGAACCGCAAGAACAUUCAGGACAACAGGGUGCACUGCUGCCUGUACUUCAUCUCGCCCUUCGGCCACGGGCUCCGGCCACUGGAUGUUGAAUUUAUGAAGGCCCUGCAUCAGCGGGUCAACAUCGUGCCUAUCUUGGCCAAGGCAGACACACUGACACCUCCUGAAGUGGAGCGCAAGAAACGCAAAAUCCGGGAGGAGAUUGAGCACUUUGGAAUCAAGGUCUACCAGUUCCCAGACUGUGACUCUGAUGAGGAUGAGGACUUCAAAUCACAGGACCUGGCCCUAAAGGAAAGCAUCCCAUUUGCUGUCAUUGGCAGCAACACUGUGGUAGAGGCCAGAGGGCGUCGAGUUCGGGGCCGGCUCUACCCCUGGGGCAUCGUGGAAGUGGAAAACCCAGGGCACUGCGACUUUGUGAAGCUGAGGACAAUGCUGGUGCGUACUCACAUGCAGGACCUGAAGGACGUGACGCGGGAGACACAUUAUGAGAACUACCGGGCACAGUGCAUCCAGAGCAUGACCCGCCUGGUGGUGAAAGAACGGAAUCGCAACAAACUGACUCUAGAGAGUGGUACCGACUUCCCCCUUCCUGCCGUCCCACCAGGGACAGAUCCAGAAACUGAGAGGCUGAUCCGAGAGAAAGAUGAGGAGCUGCGGCGGAUGCAGGAGAUGCUGCACAAAAUCCAGAGACAGAUGAAGGAGACCCAUUAGCUGACUUUCAGCCCUGAAUAUUUAAACACCGCCUCUUCGUCCUGCCUAUGUCGGCCCCUCCCAGCACCAGCUCUGCUCAGGCCCCUGCAGCUACUGCCACUUCGCCUUACAUCCCUGCUGCCUCCCCAGAGACUCAGAAGAAAUAAAGUUUAACAAAUCUGUA